CAAACAGUUAUAUAUAACUGAUAAAAAUGAUAUCUUUUAUAUUAUUUUCCAUUUUAUGUUUAAUAUGAAGUGUUUACAGUGUUAACACGAAGAGGAAAGUGGGUGCCUAGAAAUCUUUUAUUUUCAGUUUGUUGAUGGGUGAUUUCCCCAGAUUGAAUAGAUAUCAGGAAGAAACGAAACCAGAUUUAUCUCACAUUUUUUCCUAAUAUGGCGACCGGUAGAGACCCUAAUGGAAAGGACGAUGAAGAUCCGUGGUUAAAAGCCGUAGAAAAUGCAGAAGUUUUUGUAAUGUAUAACAAUGACGAUGAAUACGAAAUAUCUAAAUACAUUUUUACUAUAUUUCAAAACAAUGGAGUGGCGUAUGUUUCUCCAGAAGAACACAUAAUGCCUGGAUUUAGAACGUACCAGGCAAUUGAUCAGGCAAUUUCAGCGAGUAAGAAAAUGCUGUUAAUUCUUUCUAAAGAGAGCAUAGAAAAUUUCUCAUUUUCACUGGAAACACUUUUAGCAUUGGAAAAAAGUUUGCAGACCAACAAGCUCCGGCUUAUCAUUCUAUUGAAAGAUGGCCUUGUUGAAGAGAAUAUUCCAAAGUUACCCAUGCUACAGUUAGCAAGUCAUGUGAUCCUCCAAAGAAAUUUACAUGAAAAAUGUAUCUGGAAUGUUAUUGAAAUGAUUCGAGCUGAUGUCACAAUUGACUCUGUGUUGCCUGCUGGUAAUUUGGCCGCUGGAAUGGCAUGGUCACAUUUCACAGGGUACCUUGAACUUGUUCUUCCAGAGCUUGCGCAAGGAAUAAAAAAAUCGGACUGGUUUAAUGACAAUCCUGGACAUAUGCCUCUCUGUCUGUUCAUGUUAUUACCGCAUAGUGGAAGAAGUACAGGUAAACUUGGAGAUGAUGAUCGAGACGUUGAGGAGGUUGGAGAAAUUGAUAUAAGAAUUAAUAACAGACCAUACAGUCCAAAAGUGUGUAAAGUUACAGAAAGGGAUAAGAACGGACAUGUUAAAAGUGAAUACUUCUGUGUUGCUCAAUACCCAGGGGCAUUUUGUGCACUUGGAACAAUUAAAGAGGAAAUCUUAUGUAAUUUCACCAAAAAACAGAGAGAUGUGGAGGUUCAAAGGUUUUACCAUUACCUCAAUGAAAUCCUAAACCAUGAAAAGUACAAACAGUAUGGCGUAUUGACUAAAAUGUUGAUGUAUGAUGAUGAAGAAAAAGGAGAAUCUGCUACUAUUUCAUACCAACUCAGACAGGGCAUACAUGACGUUAUUAAAGAUCAACUCGGAAAACCAGGGGAAGGAGUGAAAAAAGCAGAUGAAGCAGAACGUUACAGGGACGAAGUGUGUUUAUUAUAUCACAACAAAGACAAGCAUUUGGUCUUUAAAGUAAAAGAUCACCUUGACAAAAACAAAAUCAGGUAUUCCCAGGCACGACCUGCAUCAUCAGGCGAGAGAGAUGGUGAUUCUUUGUCUGAAAUCGAAAGACGUGUACGAGAUGCACGAUGGGUCCUAUUGUUCAUCACGGAAUCAUCACAUAGAGAUAUGAUCAGCAUGUUUUUGGCAGAGAUUUUAAGCAUUGGCAUAGAGACGAACUCGUUGAAUGUAAUUCCGAUAUUGAAUGGUAUCACACCAGCAGAUAUCCCCUCAUUCAUCAGAUGGGCUAGGCAUAUAUGUAUAGACCGUGACGAAGACUACUUGGAAAUGAUUGUUGAUGCUGUUAAAGGAAAAGAUGUGUCAAUGAAAUCCCAAAUUCCAGUCGGAAAUAUUGCAUAUGGAUUGGCGUGGGGUUUCUUUGUGAAUUAUUUAAAGCACGUACUUCCAGAUUUUAGAGAACGUGUAACUCAAUGUAUGUCGAAGGAUCCAAUACGUAAAUACAGAGAAAAAAGUAGGCGCAACGUAGUUGUCUCACAACAGAUGUGGGAGAUCAUUCCAAAGAGUUGCAAGUUUAGACCGACUUUGAGUGAGGUUGAUGCAGAAAUAAAAGGUCCAUGGAGAGUCGAAAAAGUAGAGAAACAUCUGUUUGGAGCAAAGCGGAUAUUCCCAUGUAAUCUGUGGCAUAUUUGUACAAGAGAUACAGAUUAUUAUUUUGCGGCUGAAUAUCUUACUCCUGUGAAGACAUUGUACAAUAUGCAUAUCUCAAUGAUUGCUGGACUUAGUUAUGAGCAGAUGAUGAACCAGAGGGAGGACUUGACAGAACAACUGAGGGGAAUUCUAAACACGGCUUCAAAAAAGGAGGAGUAUGAAGAAAGAUGUGGAAUCAUUGUAUAUGAUGAUUCAUCCGACGAACCGUUAUCAACAGUUAUAAUCAAUACCAUAAAGAAAGAAACUGGUCAUAAAGCAGAACACGAAAGUUUUCUGAGAUAUCUGAGCAAGGACGAAGAAAAGUAACAGAAUGAAAGUUAAACAUGUAUCCUGGUUAAUACAGGUUACAGCUAUUCAUUUUGACAGUAUGACAAUACACAUUUAAAGUUUGCGUGUGGAAUACAUCAUUGCAUCUACAGUCUUGAAUGUGGGUACAUCACUCUUUUAAAUUUGCCUAAUUAUAAUUUUGUUUGUGUUUGGAAAAUCAUCAUUAGAAGGAUAUCCCUGUAUCAUAAAGUAAUAAACCUUUGUUAUUAACUUGAUAAAUUCGAAUUCUAAAAAGUGUAUAUUUCAAUCUUGGCAGACAUAUUUUAAGGAUGUCGGAUUCACAGUGCCAUAUGCGCACUAGGCAUAUUUGUCAUAUCUGUUGAUUUCUAUAUUGAUGCAUGCCCUUUUAUCUUAACUCUUAAUUUAUUUUUAUUUCUUAUACACAUCCACCCUCCGUAAUUGCACAAAUUCGUAACUAAUUUACCAAGUUUCUAUGAACUACUCCUUUAUUUGAAUGCAUCUUAUAUAUUUGAAACAUGUAAUGUAAUAUCUUUUUAUUUUUGCAAAAUUAUUAUAGAAGCACCAUCUUUUCUGCUUUUCUUCUCUUUACUGUUAUUUUGUAAGGGUAUAUUUUUAUUUGUAUAUGUUAUUUGUAUAUGUAAAUGUUUUCAUACAAUAAAUGAAUUAUUUAGCCAUGA